AUGGAAAAGGAAAAUUUGCGGGGUAGAGAAGAGAUUCUGACUAGUGGUGGUUGUAGUAGUAGUGGUAGUGGUAGUAGAAGUAGAAGUAGGAGUGUUAGUAGUAGUACUCGUGAUAACGGUGAUAUUGGUAAUUGCAGUAGCAGUCAUGACAACAGCAGCAGCAGUAGUAGGAAUAGUAGUGUUAGUAGUAAUAGUAGUAGUGAUAAAGGUUGUAUUGGUAGUUGCAGUAGCAGUCAAUGCAACAGCAGCAACAGUAGUAGUAGUAAGAGUAGUAGUGUUAGUAGUAAUAGUAGUAGUGAUAAAGGUUGUAUUGGUAGUUGCAGUAGCAGUCAAUGCAACAGCAGCAACAGUAGUAGUAGUAAGAGUAGUAGUGUUAGUAGUAGCAGUACUGAUGGUGGUGGUAUUACUACUAUUACCACUACUAGCAGUGGUGGUGAUAGUAGUAGUAGCAGCAGAAGAAGUAGAAGUAGUAGUAAUCUUCAUGAUGUACAGUACUGCAAUAGAUUUAUACCGAAACAUUGGAACAUUUGA